UGAAUUCAGGGGUUUAUGCGGCUUAGUCAUCCACGGGGUAACAUCAUCUACCCCUCCAUUUCCAUCACCGACCUUCAACUUCAACCCACUAUCAUACCAUCAGCGGAAAAGCUCAACCUCAACCUCAAAUCUUCACACAACUCUUCACAAAAUCAAAUUAACUUUGCCAAAAUGCCUUUUGGAUGGGAGGACAGCGAGCGUUCCUACCAACAAGUUCAAGAGGGUCAGCACCAUGAAUCUUCCUUCGGACAUGAGGCUCUUGCUGGAGCUGCCUCUUUCGGCGCCUUCAAGAUCUUCGAGGAUCAUCAACGCAAGGAGGGCAAGACAGUCUCCCACCAAUUCGCCAAAGAACUCCUCGUUGGCAUUGCUGGUGCCGAAGUCGACAAGCUCAUCGAGACCAAGGGCCUGGAUUACAUUGAUCGCGAGAAGGCGAAGCGCCAUGCGAAGGAGAAUGCCGAGCAUAUGUAUGAUGAGCAUUAUGUUCGAGGACAGGGUGCCGAUCAAUAUGAUCCAAACCAAUACGAACCUCCUCGUCACAUGCAGAGAUGGUAGAUGGCACUAGGUUUAACCUAGGUAUCGUCGUGAAGUCGUUGGUUGGUUGGACUGCGGAUCUCGAGGGAAUACUCUGCAUAGUUUUUCAACGCACAAAAUGGUGGUUAGUCCUAGGCGGUCGGGUUCUCCAUUCACAAAAAUAGUCACCAACUCUGGGUCAGAGUGUCGCUCCUUACAAAAGUUGAGCUGCUCAAGAAUGAAAACACUGAUUUUCAAAAUGAGGAUCUUUUGACAUGAUCAGAUUCGUUGUGCCCUCACCACAUGCCAAGUGCCGUGUGCCAAGCGUUUAACUGGCAGGUCAGCGGCCUGCUCCUCAUAGCCCACGUGUAUAUUAUUAUUGUCGCUUCAUGAUCGGGGAUGAAAG